AUGACUGUGCCUUCGAAUGCAGGAACGUUUGUCACAGCCCACGCAUACAUCCCGGCUGUGAUACAACGAGCGGUGAACUGUGGUGUCGGCAUCGAGUAUGGCAACUACCUCGAUAAAGCGACCGCGGAGCUUAUGGCUCAGAAAAAGGUCUAUCUGACGCCGACAUUAGUGACAUAUGCGGCAAGCACUUAG